AUGGCUACUAAGACGUUUAAGUUGAAUACUGGCGCGGAGAUCCCGGCGUUGGGACUCGGGACGUGGCAGUCUGCUGCUGGGGAGGUGGAGAAUGCGGUGGGUUAUGCGUUGAGUGUUGGGUAUAGACAUAUUGAUGCUGCAUACUGCUACGGUAACGAGGACGAGGUUGGAGAAGGUCUUCGAACUGCAUUCGAUAGCGGGAUCGAGAGGAAAGAUAUCUUUGUUACCACGAAGCUAUGGUGCACUUACCACUCCCGCGUCGAGGAGGCUCUGAAUAAGAGUCUGAAGAGUUUGGGUCUUGAUUAUGUGGACCUUUACCUUGUUCACUGGCCUGUGGCUAUGAAUCCAAAUGGAAACCACGACAAAUUCCCCAAACACGAAGACGGAUCCCGCGAUCUCAUAAAAGACUGGUCGCACGUACAGACCUGGAAAGCGAUGGAGAAGCUCGUCGCGACGGGUAAAGUCAAGGCUAUUGGCGUUUGCAACUACAGCGUCAAAUACCUCGAGCAGUUAUUGAAGGAGGCGAGUAUUGUGCCAGCGGUGAACCAGAUCGAAAACCAUCCAUCGUUGCCACAACAGGAGGUUGUUGAUUUCUGCAAAGAGAAGGGUAUUCAUGUUACCGCGUAUAGUCCGUUGGGGAGUACCGGCAGUCCCAUGUUUGAGGCGGCGCCGAUUGUGGAGGUUGCGAAGAAGAGGGGAGUUACGCCUGCUAGUGUGUUGCUUUCUUAUCAUAUCGCUCGUGGCAGUUCGGUCCUUGCGAAGUCUGUCAACUCGGAGAGGAUUAAGGCGAAUAUGGAGCUGAUUGAUCUUGAUACCGAGGACAUGAAAACUCUCAACGCAUAUGCGGACGGGCUCGAGAAGAGCGGAAAGGUCGUGAGAUAUGUGUAUCCGGCUUUUGGUGUUAACUUUGGCUUUAAGGAUAAGCCUGACGGGAUGGUUUUGUCUUAG